AUGUCCCGGGAUGACGACAAUGUUGCGGCCAUGAAGAAAAGGAAGAAGGCGAGAAAUAAGAGGAGGAACAGGAAGCACAGGGACACGAGACUAACACCAGACGAAUCGGCGUCCGGCACCGAGGUGGUCCGCGCGCGUGGCCUUGAGAGGGACAAGGUUGCCCUUGAAGCUGAGGUAGAUCGUCUCGAGCAGGACACAUCGCAGCCUGCUACCCGCAUCAGCCAGCUGGAACGUGAGUUGGCAAACUUGACUGAUGCACAUGAUUGUCUCAAGCACGAGCACGGCGUCUACAAAGCCAAGGCAACCACCCUGAUUACUGAAAAGGACCGCCACAUUUCUGACCUGAAGGUCAAGGUCCGUAAUCUGGAGAAACAGCUCGAACAGCAGCUGGAUGAGUCGCGGCAACAAUUCUUCGAGGCCCAGACAUCCUGGAGUGACAAACUCCACAUCCUUGAAGCUCAGAUCUUCAACAUGAACCGAAAGAUGGCCGAGGACUCGCUGGACCACGAAGAGCUCCAGCGGCAACGUGCAUUCCAGGACUCCCAGCUGGACGAGCUACGGAUGCAAGCAGCUGUUUUCCAUGCGCAGCUUGCCCAGGCCCAACAGGACCGCGACCGAGAGGAGGAAAAGUGCAAGAAGAACCAGGAGCAGAUCCAGGGGCUCGAGGAGGGGAAGAAGACUUUGUUGGCAAAGGUCUCCGAGCUCGAGAAGCAGCUCAAUCUGGCGUUGCACUCUGAGACAAUGCUCAAGCACGGUCUGAAGAGGAAUGAGGCUGAGCUAGAGACUACGCAGCAAGAGCUUGCAAAGCAGAACCAGGUGCUGGCCUCGGCUGAGAUCGGGAACAAGCGGCUGAUGGAGGAGCUUGAGGCAAGACAGCAGCAAGCGGAUAAACAAUCCAGGCUGGAAGAGGUGACGCAACGGCAGGAAUCCCUGGAGAGUGUGGCAGGACAGGUGGACCCAUUCGAGGCGGAACCUGCCGCCCACGUGAGCAACCGCACCAGCGUGUCUGACCUGCAGCGCAACAUCUGCGAGGGACACGUGAGCGCCGGAGGCAUAUGCAGUCGGAUCUUCGUUGGGGACGUCACGCUUGCGUGGCUGCCGAGGUCACCUGCGUUCAAUGACUCCUACCUAGAGGAGUGGCCGCCACCCGCACAUGAAUGGUGUGGUGGGCAACAACGGCAACAACGGCAACGACAUACGACAACGGCUUAUGACUCGAUAGAACCGGUGCUGCACCAGGAUCAUCGGCAUUCUGUCGUGCUCUCGACCGUGGUCAUCCUGACGACCGUGGUCGUCAACCUGAGCGAGUCCGGUACGCCUCCGUCUUCGGGCGGCGGGAGUUGCCUUCACUGCAGCGAGUGCUUCGAAUGGCCUGUGUGA